CCACCGUCAUUCUUUCCUUGUCCCUUCUUGCGAUCUUGUAGAGUGUUGGUUGACACGUGGUCUGCAUCAGUUAAAACAAAAUGGGCUUCGGAGAUCUGAAAACCCCUUCUGGACUUAAAGUCUUGAAUGACUUUUUGGCCGACAAAAGUUAUAUUGAAGGGUAUGUGCCGUCCCAGGCUGAUAUUGCUGUUUUUGAUGCCCUCUCUGGUGCCCCCUCUGCAGACCUCUGCCAUGCCCUGCGCUGGUACAACCACAUUAAGUCCUACCAGAAGGAGAAGUCCAGCCUUCCUGGGGUGAAGAAGGCUCUCGUACAGUACGGCCCUGCGGGAGUGGAGGAUGCCACAGAAUCCAAAGACGACGAUGACGACGACGACAUCGAUCUGUUCGGCUCUGACGAUGAGGAGGAGAGCGCAGAAGCCAAGAGGCUGAAGGAUGAGAGACUGGCUGCGUACAACGAAAAGAAGUCCAAAAAGCCAGCGCUCAUCGCAAAGUCGUCCAUCCUGCUGGACGUGAAGCCGUGGGACGACGAGACGGACAUGGCCAAGCUGGAGGAGUGCGUGAGGAGCGUCCACAUGGACGGGCUGCUGUGGGGGUCCUCCAAGCUGGUCCCUGUGGGCUACGGCAUCAAGAAGCUGCAGAUCCAGUGUGUUGUGGAGGAUGACAAGGUUGGGACUGACCAGCUGGAGGAGCAGAUCACCGCCUUCGAUGACUAUGUCCAGUCCAUGGAUGUUGCUGCCUUCAACAAGAUCUAACCAACCCCGCUGCUGUCAUGCAAUAAAAGCACUUAAAAUGCAAAA